CGCGAGACGCUUCUUAAACUUUUGUGUCCACUAAUAAAAUUGAUUAAUUAAUUUAUUUUAUUAAUUAAAGACUUGAAAAUUAGGCUGUGAAUAAAUUUAAUUAAAUUUUUUUCGAAUAAACAUUUUUUUUUUUUUUUUUUUUCUGAAGCAAAGAGAAAAUUUUUGAGAUAUAAAUAUUUGUGUAAGCAAUAACUAGUGUUAAAGGUGUUGGAACAACGAAUAAACACGUUUUUAUCCUCUUAGUCUCAAGAAGUCAAGGAUAAAAGCAUUGACGUACUCUUGUGACAUUAAACUCCCCAGAUGUUAAACUCUUACUUGAUAAAAAUCCCUCUAGUUAAAAUCUCUCGAGUAAAAGGUUUAAAUCAAGAGUAUAAAAGAAAGCCAUUAUUUUUAUUACAACACCCACAGUAGAAUUAAAAUUUUAUUUUAUUGUCAUGAUGUUUUAAUAAGUCAUUUUAAAAUGAUCGGUUGCAAUUUAUUUGUUAUUUGACAUUAAAAAUGAAUUUUUGAAGAUAUUGAAUUAAAAAAAAAAUCUAUUGAUAUUGAAAAUAAUUUAAAUUUAACAAUGGAUAAUGAUGUUAAUUCAUCUUAUUUAUUUGGUCACGAUGAUACUUGGGGUGAAAGAGAAUUUUUCACGUAUUACAGUGAAUUUGGUGAUAGGAAUGGAUCAAGUGCUGUGGAGGUAAUUAUACUUGCAAUAACAUUUGUUGUAGCAGUUAUAGCAAAUUUUGGAAUAGCAGUAUGUGUGUUAUCGUACAAGGAAAUGCGAACACCGACAAAUUUAUGUCUUGUUAAUUUGGCUGCUGCUGAUUUACUGUUCGCUCUGGGAGUACCAGCCGUCGCUUACACACGUCUCACACAGUCAUGGCGUCUUGGUGAUAUCGUUUGUCGUCUACUCCCUUAUUCACAGUUUGUAUGUGGUUUCGUAUUAUUAUGGACAUUGACACUGAUAUCAAUGGAUCGACAUCGAUGUUUAGCGGUAGCCCCUUACAGAAGUGCUUUGACGACAACUAGAGUAUUGGUGGCAAGUUUGAUGACAUGGUUUAUUGGUUCAUUGAUAUUUUUACCAGUGGUAUUUUGGUUUCAAAUAAAGCUCAUAGAUGACUUAACUAUCUGCACGCUGAUAUUUCCGAUAAAUGAAAUUAUAAACGUAUCACUCUGUUUCACCAUUCCAAUAAUAAUUAUCGCGUGUUUAUUGCCGAUGUGCUUAUUGGUUUAUCAUUACCAGAGAAUAUUUCAAAAAAUUAUUGACACGCGGAGUAGGUGGGCCGUUUCAUGUGUCACUCAGGCUCAAGAUCCAACGAGACGUGACUCUGAGCUAUCAGUAGUAGGAACACUGGUACCAUGGGCCGGAAGAAAAUCGUCUGCAGCCUCAGUAUCAAGCCGACAAGGACGCGCCGGUAGUUUAUCACAACACGAAGAAAUACGUUUGCAUAAACAUUUAAGAGUUGUUAGAAUUUUAUUGCUCAAUGUGUUUGCGGUAUUAUUAAUGUGGUUACCAAUAACAAUAAUAAUGUUAUUGAUAUAUUUAGACGGUCGUCGACCACCAGCGAAUACCAAUGAUUAUUUUUUACGAUCACAUCAUUUUAUAUGGACAUUAAUUAUUGCCCAAUUUAAUACAGUAAUAAAUCCAUUACUGUACGGAGUAUUAUCAGAAAAUUUUCGUUCGUGUUUUGUUAAAAUGUGUCGACGUAAUAAUACGAGUGGAAGUGAAAGACCAAGUGGUGGUUGUGUCACAGGUGGUAAUUAUCCUUGUGCAAAUCCAAACUCAAAAUCACGUAAAAAUUCAAAAUCACUUGAAAUAAUCCAAAAUCGUUUACGUAGAAGUACACGUAGAAAUAAUAGUUUUAAGAAUAUUAAUAAAAUACAAUCGAAAAAAAGUUCUAGUAGCAUUGGCAGUAUUAUUGAAGUACCCGCCGAAAAAAUUUAAUGUGAUCAUUUUUAUAUUUGUUGUUAUUUGAAUUUUUUUUGUUUUAUUUUUGAAUUGGUUGUGAUUUAUCAAAAAUUGAAGGUAAAUUAUUGUAACUGACAUUAUUCCACGUAGUUUGAGUACCCACAUCAAUAUAUUUAGAAGCAAAAAUUUAUUUUGAAAAAUUUAAAUUAAGAAUUUUGAAAAAAUUUUCGUUGAAGGGAAUAUGGUGAUGUGGGUAUUCAAACAACGUGGAAUUGCGCCAGGAAAAAAAUCUCAGUAUUUAUUUUUGUAAAAAAAGUUAAUUAGUGCCGAAUCAAUGGAAAAAUUAAUUUAUAUAAAUUUUAAAUAUUUAAAUUACUUUGUAAAUUAAGUAUAAAUUAUUUUUAACCCUAGGGCCUGCAAAAGAAAUUGAUUUCCUCUAGUUCAAGUACCCACAUGUUGAUAUUUCAGAAAAAAAAAUUUUUUUUUAAUUUUUACCUGUAGUUUUUUGAAAAAAAUUUUUUUUUCAAACUUAUUGCUGUGGGUACUCAUUCUUCGCGGAAGGACAUUUGUAAUCAUUCUCUAGGGUUUAUUUCAUGGAAAAAUGUCAUUUUAGUGCAAUAAUUUGAAAAUUUUAUUUUAUACAGACGAAAAUGUCCAAUUAAUAAUUAUAAAUUAACUAAAUAAUAAGUUAUUAUGUAAAAUUUUGUACACUAAUCAGUAGUAAUAAAGGUGUUUUAUAAAUAAAAGAAAUGAAAUAAUUAAUAAAUUAAAAAAAAAUUAAGGUAAAGAUUGAAAAGACUGUUUAAUCUCGUUUGUUUACGUCUCUGUGUAUAUCUUAAAAUAGAUAUGCAUUGUUAUUGUUAAUUUACUGACGCAAUUUAGCCUUCUACUGGGUUACAUUGAUUUGACGUUUUGUUUACGGGAAAUGCUAUAAAAUUAAUGUUAAAAUACUGAAGUUAAUGCUCAAGUUCGAGUUUUACUAUACAGGCCUACGUGUAGACAUAAUCUAUUUAUACGUAAAAACGUCCUUUGGCCAAAUGUGCCGCGUCUCACUUUGACAUAAAAGUCAAAAAAUCUCUUUGUAAUAUUCUUGAAAAUUCGAAACUUAAAUAAAUAAA